AUGUCAUCCCGUUCUGGCAAAGAACAAACCCAUCUUAUGAUGCAAACUUCGAAACACCCAGCCCCAGAGGCGUUGAUGUCGACCCUGUUAAGCUGGCGCAUAGCUCGACUACUCGCUGGAAAGUUGGCCGGCAAGUCAAGGUCCCAACGACCAGUCACAGGGAUUCGACGUCGAGCAAAUGCCACCAUCUUGGGAACACAGGGAUCACGACAAGUUUCUGCAGCCCUGUGGGACGGGUCUUCUUUACAUCUGGCCGCGCAGGCGCGGGUACAGUGCAGUGCUCACUUCACUGUAGGUGCCACUGUUGCGUCAGUCUGCAUGGCGGGUGGCUUGUCUUAG